CCUGUCUCCCGGCUUCUUCAGACAGCUCCUUCCAGACCCCAUGGGGGCCCAGCUCUGCUCCCAGGCUGGCGCGGGCGCCCAGGAGCCCCGGGAGACCCUCCGCUUCCACGCUGAGGCCAAGGGCGCGCAGGUGCUGCUGGACCCGACGCGGAGCACCGCGCGCCGGCUCGCCACCUUCCACGACGGCAUCGUGUUCAGCCAGCGGCCCGUGCGGCCCGGGGAGCCCGUGGCCCUGCGCGUGCUGGGGCACGAGGGCGGCUGGUGCGGCGGCCUCCGCGUGGGCUUCACGCGCCUGAACCCCGCGCGCGUGCGGGCGCGCAGCCUGCCUCCCUUCAUGUGCCCCGACCUGGAGCUGCAGAGCCCGACCUGGGCGGCGGUGCUGCCGGACGGCUGCGCGCUGGCGGGGGACGUGGUCCGCUUCUGGGUGAACCGCCGCGGCCGGCUCUGCGCGCGGGUCAACGCGGGCCCACGGCUGCGGCUGCGCAAGGGGGUGCCCACGGGCGCCCCGCUCUGGGCCGUGAUGGACGUGUACGGGACCACCAAGGCCAUCGAGCUGCUGGAUCCCUCCGACAGCGCCUUCCCCACAGCCUCGCCCUGGGCCCUCCCACAGGAGACUCCCUCCGACCAUGAAGCCCCAGCAGGAAAGGAGUGUGCCGUCUGCCUCCACCACGCUGCCAGCACCUGCCUCGUGCCCUGCGGCCACACGCACUUCUGCAGCUACUGCGCCUGGCGGGUCUUCAGGGACACAGCCAAGUGUCCCAUGUGUCGCUGGGAGAUCCAGGCCGUGGUCCCUGCCUGGGGCCGCCAGCUCUGAGAACUGAAGAGGGCCUCCCGGUGUGAGCGGAGGCUGG